AUGACCGAGAGACGAAAGGCACCUAAGGUGUCUAAGGUCGCUAGAGAAAAUCUACGUGUUUCCGGGUUCAAGAUUCCUAAAGACUUGACACCAUUGAAGAGCCUGCUAGCCAAAGACGGUCUCGGUUCGAAGACUAUUCAUGAGAUAGAGCCUGGGCAGUUGGGAUUUGGUUCCGAUAUCAACCAGCGCAAUCAGAGUCGGACACUCUGGUUUACACAGCACUUCGUAUGUACGUGUGCCAUACUGAAUGAGAACGACCAAGGGAAGAUCGAGCCCGCUAAGGUUUAUGUUAUAUCUAAGGGUUCCAAGCGUGCGCUCGUGCUCUCUGACGGUGGUGAUGAGGGAGAUGAGGACAAUGUCAUACAGAGGGCCACCGACGAGCCUGCUUUUGCUCGCAAAACGGCGAAGUUCUCAGCGGCCGCGUCGCUAGCGGGCGUCGGAGGCUGGCAGUUCUGGACGGGUAAAUGCUACUUCGAGCCUUUCGGGCCCGAGAAUGAUGCCUUAUUUCAGAGCGAGUACUUCAAGAAGUUCAACCCAGGGAACCAUCCAUCGCUGAACGAUUCGUGUGUGCGGAAAGUGCCAGUGUCUCAGAUACCGCCGGAUUUGGUGGAAGAUGCGCUUCGAGGUGGUUCCAAGUUGACGGAGAGGUUUUGUGCUGGUGUGUGGGGUGGUUAUGGAUACUCCAUCCAGCGAAAUAUCCUAGCUUUGGUUGGCCAGAAUGAGGGUAAUGCGAAGUCAAUGUUGUGGGAUAAGAGUCAACUGCUGAGCAGUACCUAUGAAGAAGGAACGAUAGUGACCGAUCACUUCAAGGUGGUUGCAAAGAAUCCCAGAUCAAUCAUCAUGUGGGGGGCCGAGUCUCCUUCAACGAACCCUGAACUUCGCCGUGAGAUGGAAAAUCUAUCUGAGGUUUCUACCAACGUCGAUACAGAUAAAGGGGUGGUAGAAUUCCGGCUGAAGAAUAUAUUCUACAAUGGCGUAGAGCGACUGACAGGGGAUCUUUUCCCACCGCCAAUCGUGUGGUUGCACUUUCAGUACUGCAAGUUGUUGGUUGAGGCAGGUCUAUUGAUCGUCGAAGAGGACGCUUGA